AUGUCUAUAAGUGAACUUCAGAUCGAAGCACUAUGGGUGACUAACACUAUCGCUCUAGUCAUAGAUGAAGAAUCAGAAGAUACUGGAGUUGAAGCUCUAAUUUUUGAGUUCAGUGAUAAGGUUACAACCCUUUAA